CCCUAUAAAAGAAAUACCCCAAUUCUUGUUGUCCCCUUCACCGGAAAAAAUGUCUUCGAUUCUCAAUAUCGCCGGCGCCGGCGAGCUCUUGGACCCCUUCCUCUCUAUCAUAAACCAGUGUCCUGUUCUGAACACGCCCACCGACUGGAAAGAGACUCCGGCGGCUCACGUUUUAAUCGCCGAUCUGCCGGGUCUCAGCAAGGACCAGGUCAAGGUGGCGCUCGCGGACCACCGUGGCGGACCCGUGCUCCAGAGAAUAUUAAACGAAAAUAUUCCGGAACGAACUCUAAGCGAAGGAGAUAGAGCAAGUAUCGGAGACGAGAACGAUGAGAGCAGUGGAAAUAAGUGGUGGCGCAUGGAGCGGUGCCGGGGGAAGUUCUGCAGGAGGUUCCGGCUGCCGGAGAACGCGAAGGGCAGCGAGGUAACGGUAGCGAUGGAUAACGGAGUGCUAACGGUGACGGUGCCCAAAGGGGAAGUGAAGAAGCCACAGAGGAAGGUGAUUGAGAUCCAAACAGUUUGAA